AUGACGGAUAGCGCAGUCAUUCUCCAUCGCGUCGCUCUGAACGCGGCGUUCAUCGCCGUCGGCUACGCGCUGCGCGCGCUGAAAAUACUUACCCUCGAAGAUGGCAAAACCGUCUUUCGCUUUGCCACGAACGUGACGCUUCCAGCGCUGUUACUGUACGUCAUGACGCGCGCGAGCGCGGUGGGCGCGUCCAGUGGAUUGAGUGCGACCGUAUCCACGGUGAGCGCGAUCAUUCCCGCGUGCUCGUUGCUCGUGGGCGUGGGAUGUUCGUUCGGGGCGUACCUCGCGUAUCGCAAGUCGCCGGCGCGCGCGAGAGGGUUAGCCGUCGGGAGCGCGACGGGGGUGAAUUUAGGAAUGUUUGCGUACCCGUUCGUGGAAGCGAUAUGGGGGGUGCCUGGUCUGGCGCUAUGCGCGAUGUGGGACGCUCCGAACGCGGUGGUGGUGUUCGGCGCGGCGAAGGCUAUUUUCGCCGCCGAGCAAAAGCACGGCGACGCGUCUCGAGCCGUGCACGACGACGGCGGGAUUUACGACGGGGAGUGGUUAGAUAAGAAAAAGCACGGGUACGGGUGUUACAAGUACCCGAGCGGGGCGACGUACGAAGGGCAGUGGAAGAAUAACGUCAAGGAUGGCUUGGGGGUGUACACGUACGGCAAGGGCGGUUCGUACGCCGGCGAGUUCAAGCGCGGUCGGUUCGACGGGACGGGGAUUCGCGUGCUGCGCACGGGCGCUGUCAAGGCGGGAUUAUGGGAAGACAACGAGUUUGUCGAGGCUACGACGGUAAAGGAUUGCGAAGGGACGAUUGCGGCGACGAACGCGGCGGUAUCGACGGCUCGCAAAGCCGCCGAGGCGAGCAACCUCACGAUGAAGGAUUUAUUUUGGAAGGUGGCGAAAUUUCCACCGGUGAUCGCGGUGACAUUGGCCAGUAUGAUGAACUUCACUGGUAUUGCACUCCCUCAGACUGCUUCGCAGCUCGUCGUGCCGCUGGCGAACGCGAAUAACCCGAUCGUGUUGCUCACGCUCGGCGUCCUUUUCAAGCCAGCGAUGGACCGAAUGCAAGUGCAAGCGGUGGCUAAAUUUAUCGGCGUGAAAUACGGUCUUGGGUUGCUAUCGGCGGCGGUAUGUACAUUAUUCAUUCCACAAAGUUUCGCGCUCGCGCGAGGCGUCAUAGCCGCGCUGUGCGUGAUGCCUGUGCCGUCCAUCGUCAUGCAAUACUCGGCCGAGCACGAAAACGACGGCCAACUUGCGGCGGCGAUUGUCUUGAGCUCGCAAGCCAUGACGCUCGUUUUGAUCUGUUGUUUCGCCGUCGUCGCGCCGUACAUCGUGAGUAUUGAUAAAUUCGUGUUUUCGGGCGCCCUUCUUGCUGGCGCCGUUGCCGUGGGCGUAGCGAGCGCCGUCGGCGUCCUGGCGUUGAAGCCGUCUCGGGUAGACAAGGCGAAGAGUCCGGGCGUGGCGCGGUCGGCGCCGCAAGCGCCUUUGCGAGCGGCUCUGAGCGGCGGUGUAAAAUUAGUAGGAUUGUGA